AUGCGGCAUCAAAAGUGGCUACUCCCUCUACUGGCGGUAGGCGUUACAGCCGCUCCUGCAAGCACAGCCAAAGACAGUGUCUCAUCAGUUGUGAAGAAUGGCGUCAAAUAUACUGUAUUCGAGCAUGCCGCAACUGGGGCCAAGAUGGAGUUCGUCAAGAACUCGGGUAUCUGCGAAACCACUCCAGGGGUUAAUCAGUACUCGGGAUAUCUCUCUGUCGGAAACAACAUGAACAUGUGGUUCUGGUUCUUCGAGGCGCGAAACAACCCCCAACAAGCACCUCUGGCUACCUGGUUCAAUGGUGGUCCUGGAUGUUCCUCUAUGAUCGGCCUUUUCCAGGAAAAUGGCCCCUGUCACUUUGUUAACGGGGAUAGCACCCCGUCGUUGAACGAGUAUAGCUGGAAUAAUUACGCCAACAUGCUAUACAUUGACCAGCCCAUCGGUGUUGGUUUCUCCUACGGCACGGACUCUGUGACAAGCACAGUGACUGCUGCGCCGUACGUCUGGAAGUUGCUGCAGGCAUUCUACGCUCAGUUCCCCGAGUAUGAAAGUCGCGAUUUUGCCAUAUUCACCGAAUCUUACGGCGGACAUUAUGGCCCCGAGUUCGCCUCGUACAUCCAGGAGCAAAACACCGCCAUCAAGGCCGGAUCCGUAUCAGGCGAGAACAUCAACAUAAUCGCCCUGGGCGUCAACAACGGCUGGAUCGACUCGGCAAUUCAAGAAAAGGCCUACAUCGAUUUCAGUUACAACAACUCCUACCAGCAGCUCAUCGACGCCUCUCAGCGCACGAGCUACCUGAGCGCCUACAACAACCAAUGUCUCCCUGCUAUCCAAAAAUGCACGAAAACAGGAAGCAACUCCGACUGUAAGAAUGCGGAUAGUGUUUGCUACCAAAACAUCGAGGGACCGAUCAGCAAUUCGGGUGACUUCGACGUCUAUGAUAUCCGGGCGCCAUCGAAUGAUCCCAACCCACCUUCAACCUACUCGACAUACCUCACCAGUCCCAAUGUCGUAAAGGCUAUUGGUGCGCAGUCCACCUACCAGGAAUGUCCGAAUGGACCGUAUCAGAAGUUCUCGUCAACAGGUGAUAACCCUCGGUCUUUCCUCUCUACACUCUCCAGCGUGGUCAAGUCGGGCAUCAACGUGCUAGUUUGGGCGGGUGACGCCGACUGGAUUUGCAACUGGCUUGGCAACUAUGAGGUCGCCAAUGCUGUUGACUUUUCAGGACAUGCAGAAUUCAGCGCAAAGGACCUGGCACCAUACACCGUCAAUGGUGCUGAAAAGGGCCAGUUCAAGACUGUGAACAACUUUUCGUUCUUGAAGGUGUACGGGGCGGGACAUGAGGUUCCUUACUAUCAACCCGAGACGGCGCUGCAGGCAUUCGAGCAGAUUCUCCAGAAGAAGCCAAUUUCCUCAACUUGA